CCUCCUCAAACUAAACAUUCUCUGUAUGGAAACAGUGAUCGUUUGUGUUGUCAAUACAAAUACUAUUCUGACAAACGUGAAACACGACAGAACUUUUCAAACAAAUCGACCAAUUACAGGUGUAUAACUGCAAAUUUCCCAAGUGCACAGUCAGUAGCGAGAGAAGCAGAGUCGUUACAACAACUGCUGUGCGGUAGUGAUAAGUCUGAUAAUGUUGUUAUUUCUUCAAAUGAUGUUUGUGGAGAUAUCGAGUCGGGUUCGGAAACGCGGAUAAAUUUCAAUGCAGGCCCUAACAUGGAUUCUACCAAAAUUAUUAACAACCAACCUGCUGACGGAUUUCAUAACUCAACAGUCUACCGAAAGUGUGACGGAGUCUCCGGUGAAGGUUCUGGUGAAAUUAUUUUAUCUUCGGACUACGGUGGUGUAUCCGCCGGUAAUCGUGUUGAAAUGAAAAAAAGUUCAUCUCCUUGCAAAAUACCUGUUCAACAGAAACAAAAGACAAACAUGAGUACAGGGACUAAACAUUCUGUGAAAUCCAGCCAGCUUCCUCGUGGAAAAUCUACUUUGAUUGAUCAGACCACCAGGAUCUCCCUUAACAAACAAACCACCCAACAGACAAGUGCUGACAGUAGUAGACUUCCGUCUAAAUGCACAGGUAAAAAAUCUUCUCUUGUUAAUGGGGAUACGAAUGUUAAGAAACAAGGUGAUAAAAAUACAUCAAAUUUAAAAAAUAUCAACGUGGGUAAAUCUGUUAGUAGUUCUAAGAUACAUCGUAACACAGCAUUAAGUAAAACUAAACAUCAAACAACCAGUGAUAUAAGUUCUAAAAAUUGUAAUGAAUUAAUUUCAGUUGAUAAACAUAUUUCUGCAGUUCUGUCUGAAGAGUUACCAGAAGAUAGUGAAUCGGCUAUUGAUGAAGUGAAAGUAGUUAAUGAAUUAAAUGAUAAAUUCCGUCUUCGGUCAGAUUCAGAGUCCAGCCAUGCUAGCCAUUCUUCUUUUUGUUCCCAGUUAUCCACUUCAUCGGUUAAAUCGUCUAUUUGUCUUCCAAGUUCCACUAAAGGUGGGCUUGGGAAAACUAGUAAAAUUCUUACGAGUUCCUGUUCACGUUUAGCUGUGUCUAAAGCAGAAACAAAACUACAGAAAAAACCGUCCAUGCUAAGCCGUACCACCUCAUCCACAACUGUCUCUCGAACUAGUAAUUCUGCUUUGUCUCACCCAUCCAAGUCAUCUCCUGCACAUUCACGUUUAACGUCACGAGUUAACACUGAAAACUUACAAAGAGCUGUGAGCACAGGUUCUUUAAGAAAUAAUUCCAAUAAAUCGAGUAUUCCUCCUACUGGCAGAUCUAAUACAACAGCUACAAAAAGUAGUGGUCUGUCACUGAGGCAAAAGAAAGUUGCUGAUUCAGCAUCUGAUCUUUCAGUUAACAGCACAACUAGAUUAGGUAGCAGAAUUCAAAACAAAGAAAGUUUAAAGACAGUCAGUUCCGAGAAUUUGUCAAACAAAAUUCAAAACUCAUUUGGAAAAAGUUGUGAAAAUUUAGCAAAGAAGAAAAAAAAUGUGUUACAAGCAAGUUGUGAAAAUUUGUCAGUUAAAUCUCGCAAUAAUAGUGUCACCACUUCUGACAGUACACUUCAACAAAAAGGUAUUUCGCACAAUAAAAAAUUAACUCCCACUCAAAGCAUUAGCAAUGGAGGUUUGGUUCACCAAAAGGAAAAAUACAGUGGUGGUAUGUCUUUAUUGAAGGCUAGCAGAAUUAGUGGCAGCAGCAGCAGUUCAAUUCCUACUGCUGCAACUGCAGCUGAUAAACUGGACAAUAAAAAAUUAAGUAAUGUCCGCCCUACCACCUCUGCAGUUACUGAGCGGAGAACAGGUGUGGGGCUAGGUAGCAACCAGGAGGGCAAACCAACCACUAAUAUUGAUAGAUCUCAGAUUAAAAAGAGUAUACCAGCUACAGGUAAAAAAACUACAUCAUUAAAAUCAAAUGAAGCUAUUGAACCAUUAUCAAAAAAGAAACUUGUAGCAAAAACAAGUCGAGGUUUUAGUGACCAUAAAGUGACUUCUAAUUUGCCUACUGCUUCUUCUAAAGCUUCAUCUGGUAUUAAAAAGUCUAAGUUGUUAGAGGCUCAGUCUCAUAAUGUGGUCAGUCAGACAGCUGGCAAAAACUUUCAGGGAAAAGCAACCUAUGACAGUAAUCGGUUACAGCUGGAUAAAACUAGGAAUACACUUUCUGUUAAUGAGGUAGAAAAUUCGGAACUACAUUAUAAAGAACUAGAUGAUGCACCUGAAAAUGAAGAUAAAGUUGACAAAGAUAGCUCAUCAACAAAACCAAAUAUUUCUGAAAAUUUUGCUUAUGAUGACUACAUGAUUAUAACCGAGGCCCUUUCUGAUGAAAGCAUAUCUGGGCCCAGUGUACAUGUCGGAGAUUUAGACAAUGUUUCAAACCCCAACCACCUCUCUGAUGUUGAUGCUUCGGAAAGUUAUCAAACUAGUUCUUCAGCUUCUGCCCUGGACAUCAGUUUACAUGAGGACUAUGUGUAUAAUGGAUCUCUUGUGACCUCUUCUAGUGACAACUACACCGACAAGCACACUGGCUUCCAGUGCACACAGUCAGCUGUCCAUGCUUGCAGAGAAGUUACCAGCAGCUACCAGACUAACACCAGUGAGGAUGAGUGUAGUGAAAAAGAAGAAAAAGAGGAAAUGGAGAGAAAAGAAGACACAGAGGAAAACAGAGUAAAACUAAAAUUAUCAGACCAUGGUGUAAUUAAAUCUGAUGCUUAUUCUGAUAAAACUUUUGACUAUGAAGCUAGUUAUGACUGUAAUCUUUCCAGCUGUGGUUAUCAGCAGCCACAGAAACAUUAUGGACAGCCCUGCCCCCAUCAGCAAUAUCCCCACCAUCCCCCUCAACACCAUUAUCAUCCCCCACACCAAUCUACUGGAACUGAGAAUAGUUUUAAAAAUUUAUCAACAGAUGAUGGGAGGGGUGCUCAGUCUAGUCCACAGCUUCAUAGUAUUAAUGAUAGUAAAUGUGUGUAUAGCUUUGAAUUUGAAGAGGGACAAAAUCAAAAGCAGGCGGAAGAAGAUGGGGAGGAAAAAGCAGUGGGUGAGAGUGAAAACUUAGAAGAGAAAGCAUCAGUGGUUGUAUUUAAGUCAGCUGACAUUUACAGAGUGGCAGGGCAUGGGAUGCCAGUAGUAGAGUUCACCCCGCCCCAAAUAGCCCACCACAAUAUUUCGAGGAAUGAAAACAGUGGUAGUGGUGGUUGUAACCCAGUUUCUGCUACAGACAGAACAAGUAAAGAUGUGACAGCUACCAAAACUACUACAGUUCUGAGGGGAGACGAUACUGAAGGAGAACUCGCAGGAGCUGAGAGAAGCGAUGAGGAAGCUGUCGACUGCCCUGUCAACAAACUGUUGCAAAGAGAAAGAGACAGACCAACAUCAUUCACACAAGUAAAUGUUGGUGAAGAAGCUCGGUUUAAGCAACAGAUAAGUUUUGGUGAAGUUGCUGUGACAACAACAACAACAAUACUUGCAGCAACAAUAAAAGCUGAUGUUACCAAUUCCAGCCUUCAGGAAAUGGCAGACCAACCAGGGAUCCAGUCCUCUAAACUACAACUAGGAGAUCUUCAUACAUCUCAGACAAGAACCCAGACCUACGACAGAGAUGUCAUGUGUGAAAAAGGUGAUUUAUCAAGGAGUACUGCCACACUGUUUAUGGAACAACAACAACAACAACUGAAUUCUAAUGCAACCAGGCAGAUGACAGGCCCAUUCUUACCAUCUGAAAUGGGAUUCCUUGCUGGUCAGAUGCUCAGCCCCUGCAGUAAUGACAGCAGUAGCUUCAAAGAUAUCAGUGAUGGUGCUGUCACACCUCUCAGUGAUGUACAGGAAAUAUUUGACCAGGAAACCUCUCAACUGAAUGACAUCAGCAAUGUGGAUGAGCUAAGCGGUACCUGUAAACAUGUUAGUGAUAUUGCAGAAGGUGAAACUGAAGGUGUCCUUAUAGAAAUUGAAGACAGUACUUUACAAGUGUCUGGGAGUCCAGAUGGUGAAGAUGAGAUUAUAGUAGAAGAACAGGAUUAUGUUGUGACCGAUGAGAGGAAUUAUAAUGAAGAAUCAACUCAUUUUACAAAUGAUGAUAUAAUCGGUGAACGUCCAAUUGUGGAUGCUGGAGAAGAUCUUGCUGAAGUGACGCUGGAUAGUAAUGAAACACAAAAUUUAUGGUUCUCAAUUGAAGCAGAAACAGACAGUCAAUAUGAAAAUCUUAGUACAUCAAUCACACUAGAAAAUAUAGCUGAAUCUAGUAUUGGAGAGGAUGUUGAAGAACUGCUUGACCAGUCUCCCAGUAUUGAAUCUAGCAAUACCUCCUCACGAAUUCAUGGAAAUUUACAUGAAAGUAUUCUGAGGCAGUUACAAACACAAAUAAGUGAAGAUGAUGCUCCAGAUAUUUUAUCAGAGGAAAUAUCUCCAAGCCUUGAGCAUUUGCAGUUAAGAACAAAAUCUGAGGAAACUGAUUUUGGUAAAUCUGAUCAACAACUAAUAUCAGGAUGUAAUGAAAAAAGGAUUAACAAAGAUUCUUAUUUGCAUUCCCAUCAAUUGGAACCCUGUUUUCAUACUGAUUCCCUAGCUGAGAAUAUCCAACAAAGACCUGCUGAUGUGAAACUUGGUAACUUUAAAAGUCAAACUAAAAACUGUUUGUCUGGAAAUACUGUUUUAGAUGAUAAAAACUUACUUGAAACAAACUUCAACUUUAAUGAAGAUGUGCAGAGAGCAUAUACUAAUAGCCUUAAAUAUGGAUAUAAAAAUGAAUUUGAUUCUUUGGAUGUCAAUAUUUGUAAUAAUGAUAUUUCUCAAGAAAUGGAAAUAGAAGAUGGAGGUUUUGUUAUUCUCAAGAAUGAAGGAGUAAAGAAAACCAAUGAUAAUUCCAAUCAGGAUUUCACACUUCGGCAACUUCAGGGAACUCUCAAUCUAAGGAAACAGAAAAUUCUUGAACUUUGUGGGCAAACAGAAUCAGUAUCAAGCAAGGAUAUUAAAUCACCCUCUCCUACAAAGGUUUCAAUUGAUAGAAAAGAAAGGUCACCAAGUUUUAAAAGAUUGGAUGCUUUUUGUACAAUCCCUGGGAGUAUUAAUGAAAAUAUUAGCCCUACAAAAACUAAUUCUUCUUUAGCAUUAAACAUACCAAAAGCUGACACAUUGCAAAACCUAAGUCCAAAGACAGAUGAAAUAGUUUCACCAAUAAAAGAAUCUUGGAUCAAACAUGAAGGCAAAUGGAGAAGAGGAUAUAUCCUUGAUGAUGGUUCAAGUAUUCCAUCUGAAAAAUAUCAGGAUUACAUUUUGAAAUCUACACCAGUUACUCCAAACAGUGAUGGAGAACACAGUUUUAUUGAGAAAUAUUCCUCAGCACAGAUUAUGAAGAGUGAUAGUUUUGAAGAAAAUUCCUUGACUUUAAAGCAAGAACAAAGUAGUAAUUUUGAAGAAAUUUCUAAAUGCACAAUGGAAUUGUUUAAUCAGAGCCCUGUACUCGAAGAAGAAGUCUUUGGAAAUAAUGAAGAAGAAUUCACUCAUGAAAAUUUAAAAAUGCACAAAACUGUGUUGGGAGAUAUUACAAGCAGUAAAGAAUCUUAUGAUUCUGUUGAUGGCCAGCCAUCUGAAAUAAAUAUUCUUUCUCUUGACACCAACUCAAAAAUAAAGGAUUAUGGAAAAACUGAGAUAACUGAGGCUGAGAUGACACAUAAAUCACAAGCUGAGCUAACUUUGCAGACUGAAACUGUUCAACCAGUUAUUACAGAACAGAAGACUUAUUCACCAGAAAUUGUGGAUGACAUACCAUUUGUUGAUAUGGAUGAAACUGUAUGUGAUUCCAACAUUGUUAGCAUUGCUUCAGUUAAGCUAAAGAAUAGUGCAUCUCAAGAUCUUCCUGAAGUCACUCCUAUGCAGGAUACACUUAGUUCAGUGAACACAAAAUUUAAAAGCAAAGAGAUGGAAUCCAUAUUGGAUUUACAAGAAAAUAGCAUGGAGCAACUUCCUCAUCCUUCAGUGAUUGAAUCAACUUCUAUUAGUGAAUAUGAAACAGCUGUUGAUUUGGAUACUAUUACAGAUGACCCCAGCACACAUUCUUCUGUUGAUGAGUUGAAAUGUGAACCGCUUAUUGAUUCAGGUUUUGAACAUCCACUUCAUGAGUUUGAUAAUGUAUCAAUGGCUGUUUCAGACAUUGUAACCACAAAUGAUACUGAUAGUGGACGAUUAAUAGAUUCAGGCAUUGCGCAACCUUCAGAUAUGGAUUGGGUUCCUAUUACAGAUGAAUAUGAUAUUUUACCUGCUAAUGCUGAAGAGUGUGUACCAUAUUUAAACUGUGAACCAGUGAAUGCAAAUAAAAGGAUGCAACAUGAUUCAGAUGAUGCACUACCAAUCCACAGCAAAGAAGUAGUAAAUGAAAUUGACUCUCCUAGAAAACUCAUUGAUUCUCAGUCCCUGCCAAUGGAUAUACCUCAAGGAAAAAGCCCAGGAUUAAGUACAGAUAUGGAAAGAAAUAAAAUAAAAAAUAAACAUACAGAGAAACAAGAAAUGAAUUUUGCAAACAGUUCAGAUGCCUACCAUGCAUCUGAGGAAACAGAAUCAUCAUUAGGAAAUCAAAAAGAUAUGCCCAUGUUAGAGCAAGAUAUUUAUGGUUCUUCACCUAGAGAAGUUGGUUCUUUAUGUGAUGAAAUUUUCAGCAUUAUUGGUUCACCAACAUUAUUGAAUGAAUCUUGGAAGAAAUUGUCACAGAAUAAAUCUGAAAGUGACUUAAGCAAAAGUGAGAACGAACUCUAUUUUGAUGGAAAAAGAACAUACAGAAAUUUACCCACGUCUCGAUCAGUUUAUGCAAACAUUAUUCGAUCUUCUAUUUAUGAAAAUUCUGAAUCAGAAAGUUCAGAAUCACUGGAUUCUAUCACCAAAAUAAGUUAUGAUGAUUUAAAACAGACCAAAGAUAAAAACAACAUCAAACUGAAAGGACAGGGAUACUCUUCAAACGAGGAUUCUCCUGAAGGUUUAAUGUCAUCCAUGGAUUUCUAUUUAGAUGCCAGCGAAUUUGCUCGAGCUUGUUGGUCUGAUAGGAGUACCUUGUCUGAAUUCUACCAAGUUGGGUCACAUCAGAAAUUGAGAGCUAGUGAUUCAUCUACCUAUGGGGUAAGUCCAGACAUUUCAUUUUGUAAUAAACUCCUCAAAGAUUUGUGUCCAUUGAUAAAACCUGAUUUGAAAGGAAUAUAUGCUGUAAAGGGUGAAGACAGUCAAGACAUUAAGUUACUGGCAGAAAUCUCUGAAUUGGAUGAGACUUGUGGUGAGAACAAUCAUAUUCUAUCCCAAACAGAACGCAGUGAAAAUAUACAGCAUAAUGAUAAUUCAUUAAGUCGAAGUGAAACUUACUGGUCUCCGGGAAGCAGUCCUUCUAUGCGAAAACCUUACAGACGCAGCCUUAGCCUGCCUUUUGCCAACCAUGAUGGUGAAGACGGCAGGUCAAUACUUCACUGUUCAAAGGUUGAUUUGGAGUAUCCAGUGACAACAGCAGGUUUUGGAUCCCCCCCUGAAUUACCCAGCAAGAUUGGCAGAAGCCUACGUAAACACAAUACGGUAAGACGUUUUUCCACCCAGCGAAGUUUAAGCUCCGACUACACUAAAGAGAAACACCUUUCAACCAGUGCCGAGGGUCAUGGUUACUCUAGAGUGCUUGAUGACUUAUCUCCUUCACACCACACAGUCAGUUUCACUCCAGCUACAGAGGAAAUAGCUGGUAGUGACUAUUCUAAAACUUUAUUAAAAAGACCAACAGAUCGGCCUGCAUCUCUAGAUGAGGUACAACUUCGGGCUCAGUUUUUGGAUUUACGACUAAAAGGAUACAAUGCCUCUGAAGUAACAACAAGCAAAUCUAACGGGAAGGUUUCUCCUUCUCUGUCUGACCACUUUAAUAAGCCUUGUUUAUAUGAUAGUGAAACUGGUAUUAUUAUCCAACAUGGUGAUGAAAUAAAUUACUUACCUCCCAAAAGUCCAGGAAUACUACGAAGAAUGUUUCGUCGUGGGAGAUCUUUCAGUGAAAAAGUUAAGCCUCUAAGGCCUGAUGAAGUUUUAAUUGCUCCAAAAGAAUCUCUGGCUCGGAAAAUGUCCAUGAAGUCAAUUUUCCGUCGAAGUAGAAGUGGCAGCAAUUCUUCUCAGAAGAGUAAAGAAUUUGAUGCUUCCAUUAAGGAUUUACUUGGCUCCAAUGCUGGUAGAUUGGAGGAUGGCAGUGAUGACAGAAUGUCUAAGGAAUCAUUUGAGAAAGGAAGUGAUCCAUCAGGUUUGCCUUUAACACCAAUGAGUGAUGAAGGCAGCCACCGGAGUAACUUCUCAUCUUUAAGCAUGAUUUCCUCAGCAGGUUCUACACCACCCACUUCUCCAGCUAGUUUUAGUUGUACUCUUGUUGGCUCUGACAUACCAAAAGAUGAAGUAUUUGAGGAUGAUAAUACUUUGAGUCUAGCCUAUGACAAGAACUACAACAGUAAGUUGCUCUCAUUUCGGAAAUCAUGCAAACAACACCAGGCUCGUAAUAGUUUUGUUGGUAAAGGGGUCAGUGAGUCAGAAGCCACUGGUGCAUAUAGUGGAUCUUCCAGCAAUUCAAAUGCUUACUUUGCUGCAUCUGACUUGCAUUCUGGAUCUGGCUCAUCCUUUCAGCACCCCACACCAAUGUCAGCUCAGGAAAUGGAUAAACUUGCUGCUGUUGCCCGUGGCGAGAUGGUGUCCAGUAACAGUAGUGACAGUGGUAUACAACAUGAUUCUAGCCUUCAGUCCAGCAAUGAGUCAUUGAAGGUAUAUCAAUGGAAAAUAGGAAAGGAAAAAGAAAGGAGAGAUGGAUAUGAUUUUAAAGUUGUUGAUGUCACUUUGGGAAAUGAGCAAAUGAUUUCUGAAAAUUCUCAUGAAGUUAUUCAUCGAAAGCAUUCUGUAUCAAGUCGUGAACGACCAAAAUCAGAUAUUAAUGUCCAUUGGCCUCAACAUGUCAAACAGGUUGCAAGCUAUUUUGAUCCCAGACAUUUGCGAGAACAUCGUGAGUCUACAAUCUCAAGGCCAAGACCAAAAUCUGAUUUGGGUGGUAGCACACUUUCAUCAGAAGCUAUGAAAGAAUUUCUGCAGGGGAAAUUACCUCAAAGUCAAUCACAGAAAACUAUAUCAGAAAUGAAUCGAACUUCUUAUCUGGUCACCAAAGCCCGGCGGGUACUUGAUGAUAAAAUGUCAACCCCUCACCCUAUAAAAUCAAGGAUUGCCGAUCGCAGUGCUUUGACGAAACAAAAGAAAAUUCUUGGACGAUCACACAGUAUGCCAGAAAACUUAAACAAAAUACACAAACGACGCCGAAUCCAUCCUUCAGGAAGUGAUCCACUUUCUGACUUGCUUUCUCAGCACUCAACAAAUGACGAUUCUUCAGACGAAUCAGAAGUCUCAAUGGAUUACAGUUUACCAGACAAGUGUCACAGCACCCGAACGUCACAGUUGGGGCUGGCUCCACUCGAUGAGAUUUUCGAGACAGAAAAUCUCACAUACGCUGAAGCCUUAUGGGACCAUGUUACAAUGGACCCAGAUGAGCUAGCCUUCCGCGCUGGUGAGGUCAUCAAAGUAACAGACAUGAUAGAUAAAGAUUGGUGGUGGGGAAUUCUUGAAGAUAAAGAUGGCUGGUUCCCUGCAAAUUUUGUCAGAUUGCGAGCCAAUCAAGACCAUCAUUUAGAAGAAGCAGCUAAGUUAGAAGGUGCUGAUUCCAGUAAGGACUCAUCCUCCAAUGUUGGUAAAACUCACCAGUUCAACAGUAACCAGGCCCGAACCAAUGUAAUUAAUGAGAUAAUCUCUGCUGAGAGAGAAUAUGUUCACCAGUUGGAUGAUGUUUUACAAGGUUAUGUUGUUCAAGCCAAGAAAAGGCCAGACAUGUUUCCAGACGACAAGAUUUCUACCAUUUUCGGCAAUUUGGAGGAUAUAUACACUUUUUCUAAAAAGUUCUUCAAAAGUCUUGAAGUCAGUCUCAAAGAUGACUUACACCAAAGUGAAGUGGGUCAUUGUUUUAUUGAACAUAGGAAAGGUUUUGAAAUAUAUUCAGAUUACUGCAACAAUCACCCUCAUGCCUGUGAUCAGUUGAAAGAAUUGUGUAAAAACAAGCGAUAUCGACAUUUCUUCGAGGGUUGCCGCUUACUACAAGACAUGAAACAGAUACCAUUAGAAGGAUUCUUACUCACCCCAGUACAGAAAAUUUGCAAGUAUCCAUUACAGUUGGCUGAACUUCUAAAAUACACAUCAACCUCCCACCCAGAUUAUCAUGAUGUCUGCGAGGCUCUAGAUGCUAUGAAGAAGAUAGCUUGCCUUAUUAAUGAGAGAAAACGAAGAAUGGAAAGUAUUGAGAAAAUAGCUGAAUGGCAGGCAACAGUCGAAGACUGGGAGGGUCCUGAUUUAUUAGAAACUAGUUCUGAAUUAAUUUAUUCUGGGGAACUAAGUAAAGUUAAUUCCAGUGGUUGGACACAGGAACGCUACUUUUUCUUAUUUGAUCAUCAACUUAUCUAUUGUCGUAAGGAUCUUUUAAAGAAAAAUUCUUUCUCGUUUCGAGGAAGAAUAUAUUUAGACCACAGUAAAAUUUAUCCAGUUGUAGAUGGAAGAGACCCCCAGUUUAAUGUAUAUGUGAAAAAUGGUUGGAAGCUUCAUGACAACAAGCGGAACAAAUCCUUCUUAGUGUUCAGUAAAAAUGCCGUAGAGAAAGAUCGAUGGCUAAAAGCAUUUGAAGAAGAAAGGAAGAAAGUGAAAAGUGAUCAAGAAAAUGGUUUCACCAUUCCACCAAGCUUGCGGAAAUCUUGUGCUCGAAACAGUUUCAGAACAAAAACACAACCAGAACGGCCAAAAGAAAAAUUAAUGAAAAAGAAUAUGCCUAUGUCAUUUCGUCACCAGCAAGAAUUAUGGAAAAACCUUCCUGCUCAUGCAACACUUCCUCGGGGCAUGACCAAUCCUACUUUGUUUGAGAGAGUACCUCACACAUCAGCAAACAAAAAACGGAGCUGGUUUCCUUUUCCUGGCAAGAAAAAGCGUUGAAUCCAGAAAAUAGUUUUUGCAAUGUGUAUAUUGCAUGUAAAUAAAACUCUGAUAUUUAAAGAACAAAAAAAAAAAAAAAAAAAAUCCCACCAAAAUACAAACUUCAAAGAAAUAAUAACAACAAAAAAAAACUGGACAAAAAUAAAAACAAAAAGAAAAUGAAUGUAAAAGCAAAAGUAAACAUACCAGAGUUGUGAUCUUCCACCAGAACUGGAGUUCUGACUGUGCUUCUCUCUAUAUAAUAUUGCAUGCCAAGUCAUAAAUUAUAUUAAAAAUAAAAAACAUUGCUUGGAAGAAAUUACAACAGAUUAGAACAAAAUUAUGAUAGAUUUAAAAGAUCUAGAAGAGUUCAAAAUAUUUUGGAAUAUGUGCUGUUGAUUUCUGGCCUUUGAGUGACAUGAAUUCUAUAGAGCUUCUUCAAAAGCUCCUGACACCAAUUCAGCUACAUUGUCAUUAGAAACUGAGGACAAUUAGAAAUUUGAAAAUGUGUUUCUGAGGGGUGAAAAAAUUUUUUAUAAUCAUGCCCCCCACCCUUCCCUCUCCAAAAUUAUAUAGCGAAAGAAGUUGCAAUAUCUGAUUUCCCAUUUGAAAUAUUGAUGCUAAAAAUUUCUGCAAAAUUUAAGAAAAAAAUUCAAGCUGGGUAUGGGGAAAUUUAGGGACCAUUUUUUUUUAUUAUUAUAUAAAUUGUUAAAAGUAAUAAUGACCACUAUAAAUCUUAACAUUUUCCUCCUUUCCCCAAAUAUCAAAUUACCAGUUUCAUAAUUUAAUUUUCAAUAUUUGUGUCAACUGUUAUCAUCAACAAAAGUACUCUACUUACAUUGCAGAGACUGUGUGUGUUCGACAUAAGACUUUAAAAAGAAACUGUACUUAAUUUUUAGUUCAUUCAGUAAAAUGGAUUAUCUUUCUUAUUGCAUACUUCAAACAUUCAGCCAAAGAAAAACAAGGAAAUGAAGCUAUUCUGAUUUUAACUUGGUAGAUUUUUUUUCUUUCCUUUUUUGGUAUGUAUGCAAGGAAGGUGAAUGGAUAGGUAUGUAUGUGCGACAGAGAGAGAGAGGAAUCGAAUUAGAAAAGAAAAACCUGCCUGAUCAGAUUCAUUGCUUUUUGUUUUUUUGAAUAUAUAUAUAUAAAAAAAAAUGAAUAUUCUGAAUGUUACUCCUUUCAUAGCAAUAUGUUUUCUAUAUACUACACAAACAUUUUUCUAUGUGGUAAGCAAAAAUCAGGUGUCAUUAUUUGUUAUUUUUCUUUAAUCACAUUUUAUAUUUUAACAAUUAUUUAUUUUCAUUUUUAUUUCUUCUCAUUGCCCUUAAAUAUCAAACAUGAAAGGUUCUUGACUGAAUUAGAACACAACUGCUGAUCUUAUGGUGCUGAUGAAGAGUUCACAAAAAUAAGUAAACAACACAAGUUAUUUUUGUGUGUGAACCUGUAAAAAUACCUGUUUAAUUGAUAACAAAUGGAUUUUCUCUCCUCCUUUAAAUCAAUUUUUAAUUUAUUUUUCUUUCGAUGUUUUAUGAAAAACUUCUCAAUUCCCCGCCCCAUCAGGUAUAUUUAUGAACAUAACUGAGACAUGUGCCUUGGCUAUCUCUUCCAGUUAACAACUCAGCACAGAUUAUCAUUAUUCUUAUUACUUAUAUAAUUUAUUCACUGGCUUGCUCCUCGCCUUGUGCCCAUACGGUAGCGAUUGCCGCCUUUCGCGAGCCUAGGGAUUUAGAGCUUCCAGCUAACGGAAAGCUAAGGGAGAUAACUCUCCUACAGUGAGAAUUGGUUCCUUUUCUUUUUAAUUUAUAUAUAAUUCUCAUUUAAUUUCUGAGCUUCCGUUUCCUUAUCUAGUUGUGUCUGUGAUAGUUACUCUUAAUACCAAAAGCAUAGACUACAAUUUUAAAAUAUUGUUUGAAGCAUUGUUUAAAUAAAAGUUGAUUACCAAUGCAUUAUAAAAACAUAAUAGCCUAUAAACUAUAUUAUUAAAAUAAUAAUUAGAAGUUAGACAUUUUGAGAUUAAAAUGCUUUAAACUUUUAGUGUAUAAGCUACAUGAUGCCAUUGAUAAUAAUUUUUAGAUUAUUCUAGGAUAUAUUUAUGGCAGACAUUAGAGUAAUGGGUUCUUUCUUGAUUAACUGUAUGCACAACCAGUUUCAACUUCUUAGCCCUUUAGCAUUUAAAACAAGCUAUAUCUGGCCCCAAUAUUCUACCUGUUUUCGUUCAAGCCAGGUAGAUCUGGCCUUUCACACCUACCUUACAAUGUCAUUCUGAAAAUAGUCACAUCAGCAGAAUCUCAAAGCUACAUGAUAAUGCAUUGAUUAAUUCAAAACUGUUUCAGUAAUAUUAUAGUUGACAGGAAUCUGAAUCCCAAAUGGUUAAAUGAAAUUAAAGUGACUUGAUUUAGAACAUCAUGUAUUGUAAAACAUACUUUCUUUAAAUGUUAUAUUACCAUAGUUCCUUGGAAUUCUGAAUGACUAAGAAAAUGUCUGAUUGAGCAUUACAGUAAAAAAA